AAAUAAGUUGUAUCGUAGUUUAAUUAGCUCUCAACUUCAAAAUUACAAGCUUAAGAGAUUUGAAUUCCUCGACUACUGGAUUGGAUUAGAUAUAAAUAGUGUUGAUGAUAGAAUACAAAAAGGUAAUUAUUUGAAAAUAUUGAAAUUUGUGAAUUGUAGCGUAUGUAAGAGAGAAAUGAGGUGACAGAGGCAGCAUGAAUGAAUUGUCGCGAAGCAGAGUAUGAGUAUGAGAGGAAGGUUCCGCGGAGGAAAUGAGAAUGAUGAAAAAGUGGUGAAGUGUGUAGAGAGCGUUAGAGUGAUAGUGAUGGGGAUUGCAGAGAACUCAAAGGGUUUGGUUCUUGCUGUGGCAUCGGGUGUGUUCAUAGGAGCAAGCUUCGUCCUCAAAAAGAAAGGUCUUAAGCAGGCUGCUACCCACGGCACUCGCGCAGGAGUUGGCGGCUAUUCUUAUCUACUCCAGCCACUUUGGUGGGCUGGCAUGCUUACAAUGCUUAUUGGUGAGGUUGCAAAUUUUGUCGCUUAUAUAUAUGCUCCUGCACUUCUCGUUACUCCCCUUGGUGCACUAAGUAUUAUUGUCAGUGCUGUUUUGGCUCACUUCUUGCUCAAGGAAAAGCUUCAGAAGAUGGGCAUUUUGGGAUGCGUCUUCUGCAUUGUGGGUUCAGUUCUCAUUGUUAUUCAUGCACCUCAAGAGCAUGCUUUAAAUUCUGUCCAAGAAAUAUGGGAUCUCGCCACUCAACCAUUAUUUCUAGUUUAUGUGGCGGCAGCAGUUUCGGUAGUUUUAGCCUUGGUUUUGCAUUUUGAACCUCGCUACGGACAGACAAAUAUGCUGGUUUACUUGGGAAUUUGCUCAUUAAUUGGCUCACUUUUGGUUAUGAGCACAAAAGCCAUAGGGAUCGCAAUCAAGCUUACAUUAGAGGGAACAAGUCAAUUAACAUAUCCUCAAACUUGGUUUUUUCUUACCGUCACUGUCAUAUGUAUCAUUACACAGUUGAAUUACCUGAACAAGGCACUGGAUACAUUCAACACAGCAAUUGUCUCUCCCGUAUAUUAUGUCAUGUUCACAACUCUGACCAUUAUUGCUAGCGUGAUAAUGUUUAAGGAUUGGUCUGAUCAGAGUGCAGGCAGCAUAGCCUCUGAGAUAUGUGGAUUUGUAAUUGUUCUUUCAGGAACAAUCUUAUUGCAUGCGACGAGAGAACAAGAACAAUCCAACAAGCAAGGGUCCUUAACAUGGUACAUUGGUGAGGACUUGGUAAAGAGCAUCGAAGAUGGACACCUGAACCUGUUACAUGGUUCAGAUUAUGUUGAAAAGUGACUUUUCCCGUGGUUGACGUAAGAGAACCGGUUCUCCUAGUACAGUGGCAUGAACCUAGUGGAUUCAUGAUUUGAAACAUUGCAGUGUGGAUUGCUUGUGAUGCUAUAGUUUUUCUGACUAUUUGCAGUCUAUUGUAUACAACUACCAUAGGAACCAUCUUAUACAAUGUGUGAUUCGCUAAUCACGAUUCAAGCAAUCUUUUUCAAACUGAAAUGGUGAUUGCUACCACAUUGCAACACUGGAUAAUCAUUAGAGUGAUGGUAUGCUUUAUCAUCCUUGAUAGCCAGUGCAAUGUGUUUCUUUUCUGCUUUUUUUGUAGGACGUUAGCUCGUACUUUUCAUUCAGUUACCUGAUUCUAUUGAUUCUUUUAUUGAUCAGGUAUUAAUAUGUUGAUUUCGGUUAAAGAAUAUUUAAAUUUAUUGUUAUAAUG